GUUAGGUUGGGCUGGGCCGUGGGCAGCCUGAGUUGGGGACUGGCAACAGAAGGGAGCUGGAACAGGAUGGACUUUAAGAUCCCUUCCAUCCCCAGACAUUCUGUGAUAAAGCUGAAACUCCAGAAUCUGUUCUCAGAACUUCCAUUUAAGUCCAACUUUUGAAAGUUCAUUGUGGUCUAUAGAGAAAUUUUUGCUUAAAUUUUCUUUCUUAUGUUUCUGACUUAAUGUGUUAAGACUUUUUUUUUUUUUUUUUUCCCCAGCUGUAUAGCAAACACUUCUUGCUAAGUUGGCCAGAAGAUAGAGUGACAUCUCAAAAAGUCUUUCAUUUCUUGACAGGUAGUUUUAUUGGUGCUCAGCAGAAUUAGGACUGUGAUUCCUACCGGCUUAGAAUCACAGUGGCUGUAGUACUGAAAUAACAGUGUUAAGAAGAUUUGAAAGUUUGAUUAAAUGUGUUGGUGCAUUGAAUGGUCUAAGCUGAUAGAUUUGUGCGGUGGACAGUUCCAUCUAGGAAUGAGGUUAUCUAUUUAUAAAUGUUUCUGCUUUUUAUGAGUGUGCCUCAGAAAUAAUAGGAAUAGCAAAAAUAGCUGACAGUAAUUAGGUGAGACAGUGCUAUGACAGCUUGCACUCAGUGGUAUGUCACAGAGCAGUGCCACUCAUGGAGGUACAAGUUGUAAGCCCAAGUUCUCAUUGGCUCUUACUGCUGUUUCUCAGUUUUGUACUUGCUGGAUUCUUGGCUUUCCUCUGGGAUUGUUGUUCCAGAACAUGAAAGCAGACAAGUUUGGUAAACUUUGACCGGAAUGAUCUCGAGGCUUCCAGUUCGCAGAUUCCAACUGACCUAAAGAGAGAAUAAAUUCACUACAGCGGUGGAUCUCAAGGAAGGCUUUAUCAUUCAUUCCGAAGCCUCUUCAAGCCCUGGUGUAACCAACUCCCAGCGAAAACCAAUCUAACAAUUAAACACUUGAGUGCACGUCAUCUUGACUCUGUCUUGAGAAGCAGAAGCGUCGCAAUAGAGACACAGAGAUGACUGAGUUUUGGCUGAUUUCAGCUCCUGGGGAAAAAACCUGUCAACAGACAUGGGAGAAACUACAUGCAGCAACUACAAAAAAUAACAAUCUCUCAACUAAUUCCAAGUUCAAUAUUCCAGACCUGAAGGUUGGCACGCUGGAUGUUUUGGUUGGUCUGUCAGAUGAGCUGGCUAAGCUGGAUGCAUUUGUGGAGAGUGUCGUAAAGAAGGUGGCGCAGUAUAUGGCUGACGUUUUAGAAGACAGUAAAGAUAAAGUUCAGGAGAAUCUUCUGGCUAAUGGAGUUGACUUGGUCACAUACAUAACAAGGUUCCAGUGGGAUAUGGCCAAAUAUCCGAUAAAGCAAUCAUUGAAGAAUAUUUCAGAAAUUAUUGCAAAGGGAGUAAACCAGAUUGACAAUGAUCUUAAAGCAAGAGCCUCGGCGUACAAUAAUCUAAAAGGGAACCUUCAGAAUUUGGAAAGAAAGAAUGCGGGAAGCUUGCUAACCAGAAGUCUUGCUGAUAUUGUAAAGAAAGAGGACUUUGUACUUGACUCAGAAUAUUUGGUCACGUUAUUAGUGAUUGUACCAAAGGUAAAUUAUAACGACUGGGUUAAGCAAUAUGAAACGUUAGCAGAGAUGGUUGUUCCACGUUCCAGCAAGGUUGAUGAGCUACCAAACUCCUCACUUAUGCGGGAAGGUGUACUCUUUGAGGAUCAGGACAGUUACCUUUGUAACGUCACCUUGUUCAGGAAGGCAGUGGACGACUUCAAGCAUAAAGCCAGAGAAUACAAAUUUCUGGUCCGUGACUUCCAGUAUAAUGAAGAAGAGAUGAAAGCCGAUAAAGAAGAAAUGAACAGACUGUCAACCGACAAGAAGAAACAGUUUGGGCCUCUGGUGCGAUGGCUGAAAGUUAAUUUCAGUGAAGCUUUCAUUGCUUGGAUUCAUGUGAAAGCACUCCGAGUUUUUGUUGAAUCUGUUCUAAGGUAUGGUUUGCCGGUGAACUUCCAAGCAAUGCUGCUUCAGCCUAAUAAGAAAACAAUGAAGAAACUGAGGGAGGUUUUGUAUGACUUAUAUAAACAUCUUGACAGCAGUGCAGCAGCUAUCAUUGAUGCAACUAUGGAUAUUCCAGGCCUAAACCUCAGCCAGCAGGAGUAUUACCCGUAUGUGUACUACAAGAUCGAUUGCAAUUUACUGGAAUUCAAGUAAAAAUUCCCUAACGUGACAAUCCUGUGUUGGUGUGAACAAACAGAAGUGAGGUUGAAGUAAUACCUUUAACACUCUACUAACCAUAUGCUUGCUUCUUAUGUUAGGUGAAUUUUAAGCGCAGUGGUCCAUCUAUAGACAUUUUCUUUUUAAAGGAAAGUGUAGUAACCUGCUUUUAAAUAAACGUCUGUAAAUGUAUAUUGAGAGAAUUGAAGUAUUUAUAAACAGAGUGCUUUAUUUAAGGGAAAGGUCAUUCCUCUUUCAUACGUGAUCUGUGUUAAUUCCAUUCCCCACUGUUUAUUAAAAAAAUUGUUUACAGAAGAAUAGUGUAAAUGUUUAUGGCCAUUUUGUUUGUUUGAUUUAGUAGAUACACGUGUUAACAUUGUUGAACUGUGAUGUAAAGUAUGUAAGAUUGGUAUGAAAUUGUGCUUUCUGAAUGUUGUAAAAUUACAAUUGAAGCACUGUAAGCACACAGGAAAAAAUAAACAUAUGUGUGCAAAUGUGUCA